AUGGAACACAAAACCGCUCAAGACUUCAGGACCUACCUUGAAGAAAACUUUUCAGAGUGCAGAUUGCCACUUUUAAAUGGACACAUAUAUUAUACAUUUCUUAAAUCAAAAAAUCUCAAAACCAAUAAGAGUAGUGCAAUUAUGACACAUCGAGAACUGCAAUCUAGGUCAUUUGUUUUUAAAGCAAAGGAAUGGACCCUUUUGACUAAAAUUAAGAUGGUUAAUUCUACAAUAUCGAACUUCAAAUUAAAUUUCACAAAAUAUUGGACGAAAGUAGUAAAUUUUUUGAACUCGCCUUUCAACAUUCAGCCCAUGAAAGUUGAGGACUGCCUCUUACUAGAAAAUGGUAUAACUGAUUCUGAGAAUAAUACCAAAGUCAACGUUGAAAAGGCGGAAGUCAACUCUGGAAAAAACAAUAUUUCUUCAGAAGAUAUAAAAAUUGAUGAUAUGUUGACAUCUGGUCAUGUUCUGAGAACUAUUGAAGAUGGUGAUGGAUCCAAGUUGCGUACAUAUGGGCAGGAGUGUAUUUAUUGCUUGAGUAGGAAAAAUUCAUUGAAAUCAUCUAGAAAACGAACGAAAUUUUUUAAAAAUGCUUAUAAGGAAUGUAAAGAAAAAAAUUCUGAACUGAAAAGAACAAAUCUGAUCUUGCAGCGAAGCUCGAUGAGAGGAAAAUUAUCAGCUCACCUAUGGAAAUGCAGAUAUCGAAAGUUGAAACAGGAAAAAGCAUCAAAAUCUGACAUAGAAAAGAAAUUUUUCAACACUAUCAAAGCUUUAAAUAUAAGCAACUCCCAGUUAAGAAGGCACAACAAACGUGUAAAGGAGGAAUGGGAUAAACAAUUGAAGCUAAAAAAUGUUGUAGUUGCCGAAUUAUUAUUGAAAAUAACAGAUUUAGAAAAAAAAAUAUCAACACAAGUUGCGAUCCCUUAA